UUUCAGACGUGGUAGAGAGGCUACGACUCCAGCAGCGGACUUUCAGUGAGAAGGGAAACUGCCUUAUUUUUUUUUAUCCCAGCAUUCGGGUCUAAUGGACAAACUCUUUGUAAAUGCUUUUUAAGAAUCAUAACUCUAGGAAAUCGCACACUGGCUACUCAGCAGGCCCUGGCCUCGAGUCUUAUUUGAAGGGGUUUAACUUCACUGGUGAGCCUCCUUGGCUUCUCUGCACCUGAGUAACAGCAACACUUAAUUCCAUCUCUUUCGUAUCCAAUUUACUAGCGACUAAUCAAAAGGAGCUCUUGUGACCAUGAACACUGCCACUCCCACUGAGUUUGAAUUCCUUUUCCUGGAGGAAGGAUUCUCUGCCCGGGAUAUUGUUGAGCAGAAGAUCAAUGAGUCAUCUAUGACGGAUGACAGGGAUGCCUUCUAUGUCUGUGACUUGGGAGAUGUGCUUAAGAAACACCUGCGCUGGAUGCGGGCCCUGCCUCGUGUCACUCCUUUCUAUGCUGUCAAAUGCAACGACAGCCGGGCUGUAGUUAUGACACUGGCAUCCCUGGGAACUGGCUUUGACUGUGCAAGCAAGACGGAAAUUCAGCUGGUUCAGUCUCUGGGAGUGGAUCCAAGCAGAAUCAUCUAUGCCAACCCCUGCAAGCAAGUUUCUCAGAUCAAGUAUGCGUCUGCCCAUGGGGUCGAGAUGAUGACCUUUGAUAGCGAGGUGGAGCUCAAGAAGGUGGCCCGCUGUCAUUCCAACGCCAAACUGGUGCUGCGUAUUGCCACAGACGACUCAAAGUCGGUGUGUCGUCUGAGUGUGAAGUUUGGGGCCCCACUCAAAGCUUGUCGAGGUCUUCUGGAGCAGGCUAAAAACCUGGGCCUGGAUGUGAUCGGCGUAAGCUUCCAUGUUGGCAGUGGCUGCACCGAUCCCAAGACCUACGCACAGGCCAUCGCUGACGCCCGCUGUGUUUUUCACAUGGGGGAGGAGCUUGGCUUCAACAUGGAUCUCUUGGAUAUUGGUGGUGGUUUCCCUGGUUCAGACGAUGCUGAGCUCAAAUUUGAAGAGAUCACAGCCGUACUGAACCCAGCCCUGGACAAGUAUUUCCCUGCUGAUUCUGGUGUUAAGAUCAUUGCCGAGCCAGGACGCUUUUACGUGGCUUCCGCUUACACACUGGUUGUCAACAUCAUUGCCAAGAAGGUCAUCAUGGACGAGGAGUCAGCCUCUGACGAGGAGGGUGAUGGGAACAGUGACAAGACUCUGAUGUAUUAUGUCAAUGAUGGAGUGUACGGAUCCUUCAACUGUAUACUCUUUGACCAUGCUCACUGUUUGCCAACACUGCAUAAGAAACCAAAGCCAGACGAGGCCAUGUACCCCUGCAGCAUCUGGGGCCCAACAUGCGACGGCCUUGAUCGCAUUGUUGAGCAGUGCAACCUGCCUGACCUGCAGGAGGGAGACUGGCUGGUCUUUGAGAACAUGGGCGCCUACACCGUGGCUGCCUCCUCCACCUUCAACGGCUUCCAAAGACCUGACAUCCACUAUGUCAUGUCCCGCCCUGCCUGGCAAUUUGUACAGCAGGUUUGUUCCCAGGGAAUGCCAGCUCCUGUGGAGGAGUCCAACCUGUUUGAAGUGUCAGCCUGCUGUGGCCAAGAGACGAGCAUGGAGAUGCCCCCCAAGCCUUGCCAGGCCCACGUGGUUUAAACACAGCAAUGUUCUCCACAUCUAAACUUCCUUUGUUAUGAAAUAUUGGAGAAGGCCCCCUUCCCCCCUUCUCCCCAAAUGUACGUGAAAUUUCAAGGCCAGUUACUUGACAGGAGAAUGAGAGGGACUUGUUGUUGCACAAAAUUUCUGUGUUCUGUAUGGAAGCUGGGGAUCAACCCCCAAUGAAAUGAGGCUGAAUCACACUCUGAGUGUCUCUAUGGGUUCCAGGCAGAGCGUUACAGGGUUAGAUGCGUACUUGAACUGGAGUACUGUAGUUUAUAAAGAACCUAUUUACUGAACUGGAAUAGUGUAGGGAAACAAAAUAAAUCCCCAAACUACUUGUCUGUAGGUGUCCCAUCACCACAGGACUCACAAUACUUGAAACUGUAGCAGUAGUGCAAGAGGUGAAGGGUUACUCAUACUAUUAAUUUCACAGUAUUAAAAAACGAAUAGUGCCAGACUGCUUACAGCUUAGGCAUUCAGCAGAUGCAGAAUGUAAGGGUAGUUAUUUAACUGCUGACCCUUCAAAGCCCUGUUAACAGCUAAUGUCACGUCCCUAGCUAGAGUAACUGGUGGAGGAGUGAUUUAAUUCCUCAAAAAAUGGCUGCUAUUUUAAUAUUUAUCUUUUCCAUGAUCUCCACUUCUGUACAGAACCCUUCAAGUGUUAAUCCUCAAGAUGAUAACCUAUCAAGAAACACUAUUUAUUUUCUUUUAUUUAACUCAUCAUUUCCAUAUUAACCAUCCAAUGUCUUUGUGUUCUGGAACUACUUCUGUCUGUUGUGGCCAGAGUUUCUGUUUCCCACUCAAAAUCUAGAUACUGUACGUAUACUCACAGGAAGUGCCAUAUGCAUGACUGAUCCUCUGAGUGUGCUGAUAUGGCUGCAGCAAUUGAAGGAACUUGUCAGACAGCAUUGUAGAUACAGAUGCUAAAUAGACAUUUCAUUUUGUCCUGGUCACCAGACGCCACCAAAAAUCAAUCUUAAAGAUUAACACUUAAAACACAGGGACUCAAGAAGCAGACAGCCCCUCUUCUUAUCUCCUCCUUCUUUUCUUUUCUUUUUAUGUUUUGUAACUUUUAGAAAGCAAGAAAUCUGUUCAUGAUAUUAAUAAGGCGCAGUGUUUAACCAUACAUUUGAAAUUUGAUGCGAAAGAGACGGGAUUGCUAAUUCAUUAUGCUUUCCUAUGGAAACUUUUUGAAGUUUUGUAUUUUUUUAAUAAAUAAAACAUUAGGUGCAGAGCCGCA